UAGUAUGAUACUGGAAACUCAUUCAAGAUUAGUUUUAUUUGAAAAUUAAAAUAUCCCACUCUUUUAUAUUAAAAAUUAAAUAGGUAGGUAUUGAACAUAGACAUGGUCAAAUGUCUUGAUUGAUGACAGAUACGAUAACGUGGAUUAAUAACCCGAUGUUUAUAUUUAUGUACGGAAAAAAAAAUCAUUUUGAAAUACAAUAGUGAAUAGUAAUUUCGGUAUAAAAUGGAGAAAGAAAGGUUUUCAUUGUUAUUACUUGAACCAGGUGAAAUAUAUUUUGAAGACUUCAGUUGUACUUUAGUAAAUUUAAACGAUGAAACAGUAUCGCAACAGGGUCGAUUAAAAAUGUGUUCAAAAUCCUUAGUGUUCGAUCCAAAAGAUUCAACUGCCCCAAUUAUAAAAAUUCGACUGAAUGAAUGUAAAACAAUUGAACAAUAUAAUAAACGGGAUCGCUUUUUGGAUAGUGAUAAUUUAUUGUUUAUAAAUACUAGUCAAUAUGUGGAAAUGUUAUCAGGGAAUAUUGUUGCACCAUAUGUUUUUAAAGGAUCUAGAGAAUUUAUUUUUUUACUACAUUAUGCAAAAGUACCACACUGUUUACCGCAUAUUACACAAUUACAAAGAGCCGCAACAUUACCUGCUGCCGAACAAAAUGCAAUGAUUGCAACAAUUGUGCAUUCUAGGCAUGCAAGAUUUAAAUUUGAUCCAUUAUGGAUGAGUGGCUUACAAGAAAAAAUUUUAUUGAAUAUGCCAGCAGAUAAAAUAUGUCCUUUAGUGAUUAAUCCUGGGCGUGUGGUUUUGUCUACUGAUCGAUUUUAUUUCCAACCGUACAAUAAUGUUGAAUUGGUGCCCGUUACAAAAAUUAAUAUAUUAGAUAUCAAACGAAUUAUACCCAGAAGAUUCCUACUUCGACAUGUAGGUUUAGAAUUACACUAUUUAAGUACAAAUUUAUCGAGAUCGCAUAUAUACGUGGCUUUUCGUUCAAGUCAAGAUCGAGAUAAUAUGCAUAAAACACUUCUAGAACAACCAACGCUUUCGUUAGAUAAAUUAGAUCAAGAUGUAAUGACCCUACAAUGGCAAAAUGGGAUUAUAUCAAAUUAUGAGUAUUUACUUUAUUUAAACAGUUUGGGUGAUCGUACAUUUAACGAUUUAACACAAUAUCCAGUGUUUCCAUGGAUUCUAAUCGAUUAUAAUUCGUUUAGUAUUGAUCUAAAUAAUCCAGAUAUAUAUCGUGAUCUAACAAAACCAGUUGGAGCAUUAAAUCCAGAUCGUUUUCGUAAAUUAAAAGAACGUUAUGAAGAAAUGCCAUCGCCAAAAUUUAUGUAUGGAUCACAUUAUUCUGCACCGGGCUUGGUUAUAUUUUAUUUAGUUCGUAAAUUUCCACAUUAUAUGUUAUGUUUACAAAAUGGUCGAUUCGAUAAUCCUGAUCGAAUGUUUAAUUCAAUACCUGAUGUAUUUAAAAAUUGUAUAAACAAUAUGUCUGAUUUUAAAGAAUUAAUACCAGAAUUUUAUGAUACGGAACAAGGUGGCAGUUUUUUAUUAAACACAAAAGGUAUUAACUUUGGAUAUAGAUCUGAUGGUAGUAAAGUUGGAGAUGUUAAAUUGCCGCCAUGGGCAAAAAGUCCUGAACAUUUUAUUCAAACUUUACGUGAUGCACUAGAAUCUGAAUAUGUUUCAAAUAAUAUCAAUCAUUGGAUUGAUUUAGUAUUUGGUUAUAAACAACGUGGGAUUGAAGCGGCUAAGGCAAAUAAUUUGUUUUAUUACUUAUGCUACGAAGGAGCUAUCAAUUUGGACUCAAUACAUGAAAUCAAUGAACGUCAUGCAUUGGAAGUACAAAUUAUGGAAUUUGGACAGAUACCAAAACAAGUAUUCACUGUACCACAUCCUCGACGACGAAAUUUAAAUAUUCCACAAUCAAUUGGAAUACUUAGCUGCACAACUUUAUCGCCAACGCAAAUCAAUUUAGCACCUUAUUGUCAGUUUCCUGGACACAAAGAAAGAAUUGGUAGUGUUAUUAUAAAUGAUGAUAAUGAUACAAUAGUUACUGUUGGACACGAUUCAGUUCUAAAAAUAUUAUCCAUUUCACAAAAGAAACAAUUGCGCAGUAUUACAGUUGGAUCAAUGGCACUGAGUAGUUGUAUUCAAUUGCCUGAUAAAAAUACCUUAAUUCUGAGUUGCUGGGAUGACACAAUAAUAUUUUACGAUGUACAAUGUGGUCGAGUUAGUUCUACAUUACGUGCUCAUGAUGAUGCAGUUAGUGUAAUAUCGUGGAGUGGUACUGAAAAGAAAUUAUUAGCAUCUGGCAGUUGGGAUUGCAGUGUUCAUAUAUGGAAAGACUUACAUUUAGUUCAUGAAAAAUCACCAAAACCUAGUCAAAAUUUUGUUGCUGAGUUAAAUCACGACACUCAAAUCACUUGUGUAACUUUUAGCCCAGAUUCGUUACAACUAGUUACUGGGACAUUAGAUGGUGAAUUAUUUUUAUGGGAAACAGAUAAUUUUAGUUUAAAUCAUCGAAUUCAACGACAUAAUGGUUCGGUGAACGCUGUUUGCUUUAGUCCGGAUGGUGAUAAAUUAAUAUCGUGUGGUGACGAUGGUGUAUUUCGUGUAAUUGAUACAAAAACUAAAAUGAUGUUAUUUCAAAAAGCUGUACCAGAAAAAUUAUUAUGUCUUGCAUGGAAUGGUGCGAUAUUAUUUUUGGGAACUGAUUGGAAUACUGUAUUAAUAUGGGAUAUGAUUGAAGUCAAAUUAGUAUCAACAGUUGUUGCACAUCAAGGUCCAGUAUUGAGUAUAGCAAUGUCUUCCAAUACCGAAUACAUUACGACUUGUGGUCAAGAUCAAACCAUUAAAGUGUGGAGAAUUGUAAUAAACAAAUAAACAAUAAUCGAAUAA